AUGGGUUUACUUACGACUGGAGGUAAUCCCAUGCGGUGGGGUACAGACAGCAACAACAGGGCCAUUCCUCACGUCAGUGCACAUGGUAUUCAGCAGUUCCUCGCCGUCUACAGGAACAAAAAGGAUAUUGACAACAGCCCAUUUUUGUGGGGUGAGGAGAUUGAGCACCAGAUUAUACACGCUGAAAAUGGUGAAGUUGUUUUGAAGCUCGAUGCAGCUGGGACGAUGUCUCGGAUAAGUAAACGCGAGGAUAACCAUGCGGUUUGGAACCCGGAGUAUGCGAGUUAUAUGUUGGAGAGUAUUCCGAAGGAACCAUACAAUAUGUCGAAGGAGAGCCUAUGCUCAGUGCAACAGAAUAUGCAGCGUCGUUACGAUCUUAUUGACGAAGAGGCAGGCCCUGGAACGUUUGGGACGACCUUUGUAACCUUCCCUCUAUUUGGCGUUGGCAAAUUUACAACAUCUGACAGCACAGAAUCACCGCAUUCGAAUUCUCUCUUUGUUCCAGAUGUUUGUAUCAAUGCUGAGCACCCACGCUUCGUUAACCUCACCGAAAACAUUCGCCUUCGUCGUGGUCGGAAGGUUUGCAUUCAGGUCCCACUUUACAUUGACAAGUUCACACUUACCAAAACCGUGGACGGGCGCUUCGGAUUUGACUACACGCCUCUUAAUCAUAAGAUUUGCGCGUGCCUUCGUCAGGAUGAUGACUGCCAUAACAAAUGCAGCAUCGCCACCAUAUCUGACACCACCUUCAAAGGGACCACGAUGUGGGAUCGGAGUUCACGGCAACAGUCCGAUUUCAUUAAUGAACAAGAAAACGAAAAUCUCUCCACUGACGAACUUACACACUUGUACACGCCCGCGACGCUUUACUACUAUGCGCAGUACUACACGAAGGGGCAACGUGAGAACGUCAAGAGGCGAUUCGAUUCUUGCCCUUGCCCGGUUCCUUGCAUUUCUCAUCCGUGUAUUUACAUGGAUUGCAUGGCCUUUGGCAUGGGGAGUUGCUGCCUUCAGGUGACCAUGCAGCUCCGUAAUGUGCGACAGGCCCGACACGUAUAUGAUCAACUUGCGAUUCUCUGCCCAAUGUUUCUGGCCCUAAGCUCGGCAACACCCUUUCAGAAGGGCCUACUGUGUGACUCUGACGUGCGCUGGCUGACCAUUGCGGCCUCCGUCGAUGACCGCAAGCGCGAAGAGGUCCCGCGUAUACUAAAGUCACGGUAUGACUCUGUUUCCCUUUUUAUCAGUCCUGACGUUGAUAACCUCGAGGAGUUCAAUGAUUCGCUGGUGGAAUAUAAUCAGCCCUACUUUGACAUCCUGAGUAAAGUCGGCGUCGACGACCGAUUGGCCAAGCAUGUUGCUCAUCUGUUCAUUCGUGACCCGCUCGUUAUGUAUGAUCAAAUGAUUGACAUUGACGACAACACACAUACGGAGCACUUCGAAAACAUUCAGUCUACGAACUGGCAGACCGUUCGAUUGAAGCCUCCGCCGUACGGAAGCAAUAUUGGUUGGCGUCUGGAGUUUCGCGUCAUGGAUGUCCUUCCGACACCUUUUGAGAACGCUGCUUUCGCUACCUUUAUAUCCCUUUUAACUAAUGCCAUUAUCAAGUACAAUCCCAUCUUUUACACCAAGAUGUCUAUUGUUGACGAGAACAUGGGCCGUGCCCACCUCAUUAACCCGUGCAGCCAAAUGUACGUGAUGCGAAAGCAAAUAUUCAGUGACUCAUACACAAGCAGCGAUGCCGAGACCACGAAACUCAGCAUUGAUGAAAUAUUCAAUGGCAAGGGUGCUGAAUACUAUGGUUUGAUCCCUUUGGUGCGCCGAUACAUUGAGGACGAAAACCUGUCAUGCCCUCAGUUAGAAGCAUAUCUGAAAUUUCUUUCCAUGCGUGCGUCAGGCGCCAUUCCAACGGCGGCACAGUACUUGAGGAAAUUUGUUCUUUCUCAUCCGGCCUACCAACAGGACUCCAGACUCAACAUGCAGAUAGCCUACGACCUUACGAUGCAUGUGCACGGCUUGUCGUCUGGAACGAUCAGUGAUAAUUUAUACCUUCCCAUGGAUAAAUUUAAAGAAUAA